GCAUAUGAUCUGUAGAGGGCUUUGUGGGUUAGAAAAGUUGGCCGACAUCAGUGUUCUCGGGGUUUUGACAGCGUAUAGUGUGUUUGGAACGCUAAGUGUUUUUCUUCAUUUCUUUUUCCUUCCGUCAGUUAUAAAAACAAAACACAUACAACAUGGAUGCCAUCAAGAAGAAGAUGCAAGCGAUGAAGCUUGAAAAGGAUAACGCCAUUGAUAAGGCCGAUACCUGUGAAAAUCAAGCCAAAGACGCAAAUGCUCGCGCCGAUAAGCUCAAUGAAGAAUUACGUGAUUUGGAAAAAAAAUUGGUGCAGGUUGAGGUUGAUUUAGUCGCCUCAAAAGAAGCUCUCGAAAAAGCUAACCAAGAUUUAGAAGAGAAAGAAAAAUUGUUGACUUCUACUGAAUCUGAAGUAGCCACUUUAAACAGGAAGGUACAACAAAUUGAAGAAGAUUUAGAAAAAUCUGAGGAACGCUCAACCACUGCCCAACAAAAAUUGUUGGAAGCCACACAAGCUGCUGAUGAGAACAACCGUAUGUGCAAAGUAUUGGAAAAUCGUUCUCAACAAGAUGAAGAGCGUAUGGAUCAAUUGACUAAUCAAUUGAAAGAAGCUCGUAUGUUGGCUGAAGAUGCUGAUACUAAAUCUGAUGAAGUAUCACGUAAGUUGGCCUUCGUUGAAGAUGAAUUGGAAGUCGCUGAAGAUCGUGUCAGGUCCGGUGAAGCCAAGAUCAUGGAACUUGAAGAAGAAUUAAAGGUCGUCGGUAACUCACUCAAAUCUUUGGAAGUUUCUGAAGAGAAGGCCAAUCAACGUGUAGAAGAAUUCAAACGUGAAAUGAAGACCUUGUCUGUUAAAUUGAAGGAAGCAGAACAACGUGCUGAACAUGCUGAGAAGCAAGUUAAGCGUUUACAAAAGGAAGUCGACAGGCUAGAAGACCGUCUCUUCCAUGAA